AAAUAAAAUUUUUAUAAAAAAAACUUGAUUGAUUGAAUUUUUUGCUUUCUGCUUCUUUUGCUCUUUUUCUGUGUUAAUAAUUUUGAUAUUGUGUUUGAUUCUGUUAUUUUAUUUUAGAUUGUUAUAAAACUUUACAGUGAUGAAUUUUGAACGGGUUAUCACAUUUCUGAUAUUUCUGAAUAUAGAAAUAAUUCAUUUUGUAUUUGGUAGUUAUGAAUCAAAUAUUCAAUUAUUAAAAUCAAAUUUAGCUCAGCUACCCGAAGAAAGGGUAAAAGUUCAAACUUCAGAUGUUGGCGCUUACGAUGAAAUUCAACUUAAUAAUAUCAAAAAUCGUAUAAGACGAAAUGCACCUUCAACAAAUGAAAAGGCAGAAAAAAUUGCAAAAGAAACACAUUUGCUUGCUGGUGCAACUAAUGCACUUGCAGGAGCACUUAACUUAGAUAAUAUUUUAGGAGGCCAAAGAGAACAUAAACCGAAUACUCAAACAAAUGUUGGACCAACUUUACCUGAUAUUACACAAUGCGAAACAUCGAAAACUACCAUAAAUUAUGAGAAAACGGUUUGUAAACAAAAGUUAAUUUUUGAAGAUCAAUUUAAUGAAAUAGAUUGGAGUAAAUGGAGUCGUGACAUUCGAAUACCAUUAGAUACAGAGGAUGCUGAUUUUGUAUCAUUUCAAAAUUUAGAUCAGAAUUUAUAUGUAAAAGAUGGAAUACUAUAUAUUUUACCAAAAUUAUUAACUGAAGUGUCUGGCUAUGAUGAUGAAAGUAUUCAAACGGGUACACUUAAUUUAGGAAUAAAUUGUACUGGAACUGUUGAUCGUAGUUUGGAAUGUAAAAGAGAAGCGUUUGCAUUUCGAAUCUUGCCACCUAUAGUAUCUGCACGUAUCACAACCAAAAAUAAAUUUACAUUUAAAUAUGGAACAAUAGAAAUAAGAGCAAAAUUGCCAAAAGGAGACUGGUUAUUUCCACAAUUAUUCUUAGAACCCGGACAGAAUUUAUAUGGUAUUUCUGGUUAUUCAUCUGGACAAAUACGUUUAGCUUUUAUAAGAGGUAAUGAAAUUUUAGAAACAAAAGAGGGAAGGCAAAUCGAUGGUUAUCGGUUAUUUGGUGGAGUUGUUUUAGAUCAAGGUGAAAAUUUUAGGGAAUUGUGGAUGAAAGAUAUUUUAAAGAAGAGAAAUCAUUUUGGUGAUGAUUAUCAUAUUUAUAAAACUGUAUGGACGGAUGAAUUCAUUUCUUUUCAUGUUGAUGACGUUGAAUAUGGUAGAUUUAAUGGUAAUUUUGGAUAUGAAGCUUUUGAUUUAAAUAAUAUACAACAUGCUGAAUAUUGGAAAACUGGUAAUAAAAUGGCACCAUUUGAUAAAGAAUUCUUUUUGUCCCUUGGAGUAUCUGCGGGGGGUAUUUCUGAUUUUCCAGAAUCUUCUAUGAGUGGUAAACGUGAAUCUGAUCUAAAACCAUGGAUAAAUACUGAUGCAAAAAAUGAAUUAAAUUUUUGGAGAGCAAAAAAUCGUUGGUUUUCAACUUGGAAUGGCGAGGAUGCUGCUCUUAAAAUUGACUAUGUGCGUUCAAUUAUUUUCUUAAUAAUAAUUGUAAGAGCUUGUGUCAAUGAAAUAAUUUUGGAAGACAGUCCAUACGAAAUAUCUUAUUUAGAUUAUAUAUAUAUAUCAAAAUCAAGAACUUCAAGGUUUGCAAUUACAGAUAUCGAUAAUGUUUUUCAAAGUGUUGAAAUUACUGGAAGCAUAGCAUUAAAAUUUCCUUUUCACACACUUACACCAUUUAGAUUUGAGCAAAAUCUUUUGUUUGUUUCGCUUACAAGAAAAUCUUUUCAAUAUAAUUCUUCAAAUAAGAGAUGGGAAUAUCGUUAUAAACAUAAUAAAAAUGGUACAAAUUUUAUUGAAUUAGAAAUGAAAUUUUUUGUGACGGCACAUGUCAACAAAACUAAUGAAAAUAUAUCGUCUUUUCAUUUUGGUUCACAGUGUAGAGUUUAUAAUUUUCUAACGAAGAAAUUUAAUUACAAACGAAUUAAUCCAAAACAAGAUUUUAAUUAUUUUCUAAAUGAUUUUUUAUCUUUUAUUCAAAAUGAUCAACCGAGUAAAUUAAUAGACAAAGAAUCGAAAAUUAUAAUUAGCAAACAAGAAUGUAAAUAUUCGAAAACGGUUAUCAAUAAAAAUCAAAAAGUUUGUGAAGAUGAUUUGAUUUUCGAAGAUAAUUUUGAGAAAAUUGAUUUGGAUAAAUGGAAUUAUGAUGUUAGAAUACCAAUUGAUACAGAGGAUGAUGAUUUUGUAUCAUUUCAAAAUUUAGAACAGAAUUUAUAUGUAAAAGAUGGAAUACUAUAUAUUUUACCACAAAUACUAACAGAAUUAGAUGGUUUUGAUGAUGAAAAAAUUCGUACGGGUCAUAUUAAUUUAGGAAACAAUUGCACUGGUAUAUACGACCCAUCAAUUGAAUGUAGAAGAGAAGCUUUUUCUUGGCGAAUUUUACCACCGAUAGUUUCAGCUCGUAUAAGAACAAAGAAUAUAUUUUCAUUUAAAUAUGGUGUAGUUGAAAUUAGAGCUAAAUUACCAAUUGGAGAUUGGUUAUUUCCACAACUAUUUUUGGAACCUGAGAGUAAUGAUUAUGGAAUUUGUAAUUAUUCAUCUGGACAAAUACGUGUUGCUUUCGCCAGAGGUAAUAAAGAAUUGAAAACAAAUAAUGGUAAAGAUAUCAGUGGUAAUCGUUUAUAUGGUGGAGUAAUUUUAUCGCAGGGUGUCAAAUCAAGAGAAAUAUACAUGAAAAAUAUUUUACAAGAUAAUAUUCAUUUUGGAAAUGAAUUUCACAUAUUUAGAACUAUAUGGACAGAUGAAUAUAUUUCAUUUAUGGUAGACGAUAAGGAAUAUGCUGUAUUUAAUACUAGUUUUCAGAGCGAAAAUGCUAAAUUGUGGGAAAAUGGUGAUAAAAUGGCACCUUUCAACAAAGAGUUUUUUUUGUCACUUGGUGUAUCUGCUGGUGGUAUAUCUGAUUUUCCUGACAAUAUACAUAAUAAUUUAUAUCGAAAGCCUUGGGUAAAUUUAGAUCCGAAAAAUGAAUUGAAUUUCUGGAAAGCGAAAGAUAAAUGGUAUCCUACUUGGAUUGGAGAAGAUGCUGCUCUUAAAAUUGAUUAUGUUCGUAUUUGGGCAUAUUGAUGCUUUUCACUAUAUAAUACUAUAACAAAAUAUUAAUAUUUAAAAAUAUUUUCAAAAAAAUGUUUGUAAAAGUUAUAGAAAUCAGUAGGUCUAUUUUAAAAUAAAUUUAAUAAAAAUUUAAUAUAUAAUG